GCGCGCAAUUACGGAUGAUAAAAGUUAAGAAAAUUCCUGUUUUGUUACGAUUUGCCAUGAAUAUCGGAGAAAAUACUGCAAAAAGGACCAUACUCCUGAUUAAAAAACCAGAUAGAGCGAAGGUUAAUCAACAGGUACAUUUUACGACGAUGAUGUCAUCGUUGGUGUCGCUCUUGGCCUAAGCAUCUCUGUGUAUAUCGAGGGAAGCGACGGAGUGAAGGAACUGAAACAGGGAUAGGAUUGAGCUCAAGUUUGGAUAUAAUGUAGUUUUUACUUCGCUGCAAGGUUUCGUGAAAAUAUGUUGAAGAGGCAACUUCAAUUUUCAAGGAGUUGUGGAACAGAAGGUUUCCAACGUCAGCCUGAAGCUUUUGUAAAUGGGUAAAGCAAGUUUGGUGAAUUCAACAGAUGUUUCAGUUUCAUUCUUAUCAAAAGAAAACAAAGACAGUGCAACAUCAUUUUUCAAGAAAUGCUGGGAACUUUUGAAAAAGCUUCCAAUCCCACCCAUUGCAACACUAAGCAUUGCUGGUGCAAUUCUGCUUCUCUUUUUCAUUUGUUGUUGCUGUUGCUGCUGCCGAGUCUGUUGUCGCCGUAAAAAGGUUGAUGAUGACAAAGACAGUGAUGGGGAGGGAAGUGUUGAUUUGAACACCAUUGAAUUACUUGAUGUCCCACUGCAUGAAAAAAUGGAGUCAGCUGUAGAUGAAAUGGAUUACAGUGUUGCCGGGUUCUUUGAUGAAGAGGGAAUUGAAGGAACUGUGUUAGGGAGGGUGAAAUUCAGCAUGGUGUAUGAUUUUAAAGAGCAGAAUUUGUCAAUAACUAUUUUUGAGGCAACUGAUUUGCCGGCUGCAGAUGAAGGUGGUGAAUCUGACCCAUACAUUCGUGUAAUGCUGUUACCAGACACAAAGCGCAGAUUCGAAACAUCGGUACUUGACAAUACACUGGACCCUGUUUAUAACCAAACAUUUGUUUUCAAUAACGUCCCAUACAACGAAAUACAGAAUCGGACGCUUUGCAUCCAGGCAUUGGACUUUGAUCAGGUAGCAGCUCAUGAUGUACUUGGUGAAGCGAAAAUACCCUUGAUCGAUAUGAACCUUAACAUACCAGUAGACAGGGAAUGGCGGAUCCUAGUUCCAGGGUUUGAUGGUGAAAAAGGAGAAUUCAAGAAAUCUGUCUCAGAUUUUGGUGACAUAUGCGUAUCUCUCCGGUACAUCCCAACAACAAAGAAACUUUUUGUUUACCUUCUGGAAUGCCAGAACCUCAAAAGCACAGAUCCUGGUGGUGUAUCAGAUCCGUAUGUGAAAAUUUCGAUAUUCCAAGGUGGCAAAAAGGUGAAGAUGAAAAAGUCGACGGUUAAAAAACAAACUCUGAAUCCAUAUUACAACGAACAGUUUUUGUUUAUUGUGCCACCGGAAAAGAUCGAAAAAACAGCCAUACAGUUUAUGGUUAUGGAUUAUGACUUGAUUGGCAAAGCUGACGUCAUCGGUCAAGUUACGAUAGGCGUUGGCACCUAUGGGCCGCAAUUACGACACUGGCGCGACAUGUUGCGAAAUCCUCAUAAACCGUUACCACAAUGGCAUAUGCUUAGGCCAAAGAUAAAGAAAGGCGAAGAUGAUUAACUCUGUAAGUUCUUAAACCUGAAUUAUGACGAGGAGUGGGUAGAUAUAAACUGCAGCUGCGACAGUGGCGCGACAUGUUACGAAAUCCUCGUAAACCGUGACCACAAUUACAUACGCUUACGCCAAAGAUAAAGAAAUGCCAAAGUGAUUAACUCUGUAUGUCCUCAAGCCGAACUAACUACCAGGAGUGCAACGUUGCAAAGUCCUGGAAAAAUUUAUAAUGCAACAUAUUGUAAAAUUCUCGUAAACUACUAACCCGAUUGUUUACACCAAUGACAAACAAAGAUGAGAGGGAUCAAUUCCCUAGGUUAUGAGGCCUAAACUGCAAAAAAAGCUUUCAUAUAGGGCAGUUACGACAAAAUGCUCAUACACCGAUGACUUAAUUCUGAUGCAUAGGCCAUAAAGACUUUAUUAUGCAAAUUGUAGAUCUAAGCACUAACUGCAACAGGGAGAAUAUUGACCAGUGAUAAAUUAUACAGUAAGCAAUUUCAAAGUCGAUUGUGACAUAAGUAUUCCAUCUUAAUGUUAUUUAAAGUGCUACUUACAAAAUGACAACUUGAAAAGGAAAGAAAACUACGCGAAAAUAGGAUCAUUGCCUUUUUUGCGUUUGGAAAAACAAAUUAAUAGUUUAUUACCACAUACUGCAAGAUAGAUACAUUAGUGCUCCGUAUAUAAAGAAAUAUUCUUUUAAGAACCUGCAAGUUUUUUUUAAUGUUGUGUACUAGAUUAUGAGAAAUUUUUCAGCAUGAGUUUUUCAAACUUCUCAUAGCUGCUAGUUGCUUACUUAGAACAAAGGUUGUGAAAUAUAGUUCAUGUGAGAUAAAGUUUUCCAAACAAAAUUGGCUUUCCGCUUUCUACAUUUAAAACAAUGCUUUCUAGAUAUUUAUUAAAAAUUACUCUUCUCCCAAACUAA